AUGUUACGCUCGAGGUGCAGCCGGUCGUUGCAGGAGGUUCUACGUCGUCGUCUCGACAUUGCCUACUUUUCUUCUAGCUCUGCUGUGUUUUCUCACCAACCCAAUGCGCCAUUAGAACUUGAUCCUUCUUUCCAAACGCUUUUGAGAGAUGUGGAUAUCUCUAUACUGAAGCAUAAACCUCGACAUCCGAAUGCCGAGGUUAUUCAGCCGCGUGUGCCUCGUGAACUGGAGGAAUAUUCCAACCCUGACCUAGACACUGCAUAUGAGAGGAGUCUUACAGAGCUGGAAUCUGAAGAGGGUUAUUCCGACCCAAGGGAGACCAGGAAAUCACCCGCAGCUCUGUUUGGCAGCCAGCAAAUUGGGUCUGUCGUCAUGCCUUUCGAAUUGCAGCAAACAAUUACACGCUUGAUUAGAGAGUCGGACAAGCCUACGCUUCACACAGAUGCUGCUCGACUUUUCCUUGACGAUACAGGAGAAGAUGCUGCGUGGGACGCCUCUUAUGAUGUGAAGUAUAAAUCACGUCGACAAGCUCAUCGUCAUGCCGAGAGAGACGGAACUGCAUUUGCUUCCGUCGCUCUGCCCUCUCACUAUUCUGCUGUUUACGCAGUCUUGAACCAUGUCAAGCAGAGGCUUGGUCCCGGGUGGAGUAUCGAUCGUGUCAUCGACUGGGGGUGUGGAACUGGAACGGGACUCUGGGCGACAUCCCACUCAUUCCAGAAGGAAGUCCAGUUGGAGUUACUUCCCAGCGUAGAUGAUGCGCAACUUUCCUCGUCAUCUGUGUCGACUUACCUAGGCAUCGACAAGCGGGAAGGUCUAGUGAGCAUUGGGAAGCGACUUCUCAAAGACGUUGACAUGGGCGGAUUGAGUGUAUCAUGGCAAAAGUCCUUCCACGAGGACGAUAAAAUACAUCGAGCAGAAGGUGGUGAUGUUCUUGCAUUGUCUGCCUUCAUGUUAUCGUCCAUACCCACUACCCUUGCAAGAAAGGCUCUUGUUAAAGAGAUGUGGGACAGCGGUGCAGGUAUGAUAAUCAUAAUAGAUCACAACUCGCGUGCUGGAUUCGAGUGCAUCGCCGAGGCCCGAGAAUUUCUGCUGCGUAUGGGAAAGAAGGAGCUCGAAGAUCCCGAAACCGAGGGAUGGGAGGUCCGAGGCUCUCAUGUCGUGGCGCCGUGCCCCCAUGACGGAGCCUGCCCUUUGUAUCACCCUGGUUCGUCGAAACUUGUAUGCGGUUUCUCACAGCGACUCCAACGACCCGACUUCGUACGCAAGACGAAACAUUCCGGCGUGGGCCACGAAGAUUCAGGAUAUUCUUAUGUUGUGAUACGCAGGGGUAGCAGACCGGCAGCGGCUACUACCAAAGUUGGGCGUAUCGGUGACGUCGGGAAACGAGCGUCGGCAGCAUCGGUUUCUCAGCGGCCAAUGCAGGAGCUUCUCGCCCACGGGGAGCAUGCUGACGCAGUGCUUCCAUACCCCGACGCCGAGGAUACAUCUACGUCACCAUCUCAGGCUGCCAAGGUUGAGGAUACAUCUUCGCAAAUGUCAGAAGUUUCCCUCAACGCAGAAGUCAUGCAGGCUGCAUUGCGAUUAGAGGCUUUCAGCUGGCCUCGCCUGGUAUUUCCUCCGAUAAAGAAAAGUGGACACAUUAUUUUAGAUGCCUGUACAGCCGAAGCAAAACUCAUGCGGAUGACUAUCCCCAAGUCGCAAGGCAAACAACCUUUCUAUGACGCACGCAAAUCAUCUUGGGGAGACAUAUUUCCUCACGAACCGAAGAAUCCGCCGCAAGAACGAUAUCAACCGAUGAGAGCCAAACGUGAGGGUGGUACUACACCGACGAAGGGUGAAGAUAUCGGCAAGCGGAAAACGUACCCUUCUUCUGACAAGGCAAGCUAUGGGAAGCUUUCAGAAGAUAUUAAAGAUCAGAAGGAAAAAUCACGAAGAGAAAGGAGACGCAGCAAAGACGAUCUCUGGAUGACGUAA